AAACAUCUUAUUCAUAAAACGCUCGCUGUACAAGCUCGAUCAAUAUAAAUAAUUUUUUUUUUUUAAUCUAAAUUUUUAUAAAUAAAUAAAUUUAUUAUUAAAUUAAUUAAUUAAUUAAUUAAGCUUGUUAUUUAAUUUUUAUACUUGAAAAAAAUAAUUAGUAUUUUAAUUGUGUGCAAGGAAGAAACAAAAAACAAAAAAAUGUCAUCAGCUAUGUUUGAAUCAUUGAGUGAUAAAGUAGCUCAUUUUAAUCAACACGCAAAUAAUCACGUGUCAACUCAAAGUAAAAAUCCAUUUACAAGUGGAAUGAAUUUAGAAAGACCAAAAUUCUCCAAGGAAGAAUAUGGAAGACCAAUUGCUGGAUCUCAAUCGGAUAUACGAGGACGAAAAGCAAUAGCACACGUGUUACGAGAAAUAUUAGAAAUGUGUGAAGUUAUUUAUCAAAAUGGAACACCAUGCAAGGAUGAUCCACAAAUAACUGGAAUUCUUUUUGGUGAAUUAUUUAAUAUUUACGUUGCAAUUAGUGAUAAAUGUGUGGGAAUUUUAUUGAGAGCGAGGAAACAGGGAUAUGUUGCAUUUGAAGGAGAAUGCUUGUUCCAGAGACGAGAUGAUAAUGUUCCAGUUUUUUUAAUAAAACCAAUCAACGAAAUAAGAACAACGCUUAAACAAAAAAUUGAAGAUGCAAGGAAAGACACUCCACUUUUUUAAAGUACUGAAUAAUUAAACAAAAAAAAUAAUAAUAUAUUUUAAAAAAGCUUAUAAAUUGAAUUAUAAAAAAUGUUUGAAUGCAUGUGUAUGAUUGAAAAGAUUAAGUUGUAAAUAUUUUGAGAAAAAUUGAAUGAAUUAUGUGCAAUGUGAUAAGGCCAUAAAUUUUUACAACAAAAAAAAAUUAA